CCCCCGGGUGUUUGGGCCGGCGGCGGGCGGCGGCGGCGGCGGCGCCGAAAUGGGUCUGCUUUCAGAAGAUGCAGUGCACUAGAUGUGGUGCUUGGAACAGAAUUAGUCAUGGCAUCAGAACUAUGUAAAACAAUCUCUGAGGCAAAGCUCGAAAGGCACAAGAACUUAUUCUUAAAUUACCGAAAUCUGCAUCACUUUCCUUUGGAGUUACUGAAAGAUGAAGGGUUGCAGUACUUGGAGAGACUUUAUAUGAAAAGAAAUUCCCUGACCACAUUGCCAGAAAACCUUGCACAGAAGCUUCCAAACCUCGUGGAAUUGUACCUUCAUUCAAAUAACAUAGUUGUUGUACCUGAAGCCAUUGGCUCCCUCGUUAAACUGCAGUUUUUGGACCUAAGUGAUAAUGCCCUCGAAAUUGUAUGCCCAGAGAUUGGCCGCCUGAGAUCUUUACGUCAUCUUCGCUUGGCUAACAACCAGCUGAAAUAUUUACCUGCAGAGGUCGGAGACCUGAGGGAGCUGCAAACUCUGGACAUUUCCACCAAUCGGUUGAUAACUUUACCUGAAAGGCUGCAUAUGUGUCUCUCGCUGCAGUACUUGACUGCAGACCGCAACCACCUGUGGUGCGUUCCCCGCCACCUGUGCCAGCUGCCCAGCCUCAACGAGCUGUCCAUGGCUGGGAACCGCCUCGCCUUUUUGCCACUUGAUUUAGGUCGUUCUCGGGAGCUACAAUAUGUUUAUGUGGAUAACAACAUUCAUCUGAAAGGGCUUCCAUCUUAUCUGUAUAAUAAAGUCAUUGGUUGCAGUGGUUGUGGUUCUCCAAUUCAGGUUUCAGAGGUGAAACUGCUCUCUUUUUCAUCGGGACAGUUAACUGUGUUCCUGCCAGCAGAGGUGAAAUCUAUAGGGACAGAAACAGAUCAUGUGCUGCCAUUGCAAGAACUGGCCAUGAGGACACUCUAUACUACUUACUGCAGGCUUUUAAAAGACUUGAACUUUCUGACUCCAAUCUCGUUACCCAAAAGCCUCUUGGAAUUGCUGCACUGUCCUUUGGGACACUGCCACCGUUGCAGCCAGCCCAUGUUUACCAUUGUCUACCCAAAGCUCUUUCCCUUGAGGGAAACUCCAAUGGCUGGAUUACAUCAAGGGAGGACAACUGUUAGUUUUGUGGCAUACUGCUGCUCCACCCAGUGUCUGCAGACUUUUGACCUACUGAGUUGAUAAACACUUAAAACUACUCAGGAGUGCUGCCAGCUGCAAGCUGCAUUAGACUCUGUAGCCCGUUGGUACUGGAAUACUGUGUGUGUGCGUAUGUGCCAAAGCAGCCGAAGUGCCCGUUUGGGAACAUGGAGAGGCACUUAAUUCCUGCCCUAUCAAACUUGGAUGAACUGCAGAAACUUUUCGGAAGUGUAAAUACCAGGCUUUUUCAAGUAUUAACUUCUCUCUCCUCAAAGCGUACAAACCAAACAAAUUCACGAGUCCCAUCUCCAGAUUUACAGUAUUUUUCAAGUGUGGCAGAUUUUCAAGUGAGACCAAUUCUAACAGUGUUCAAUUGAUCUGUAAUUAAAAAAAAAAAAAAAAGUGUAUUUCUGACAAGCCAGUUUUCGAUUAUUAUACCUCUCCCAUCCUCUUCACUGUGCAGUGGGAUGCAGGUGUAUAGAUCUAAACCCAGAGAAACCUUUGAAGGAUCACAAUGACUCUCCUGUUGAACUUGGCUUUAUUUUCUCCCACUUGUCUUAAUUUUAUCAAUACAGUUACCCCAGUUAUAAAUUGAACUUUUGUUAGCUAACUGGUAUUUAAAUCUGUGUGUUCAAAGCAGGUCUUUCUGAUACUGUUAAAAGUCACACAGAUUUCCUUGGAAUAAUGAGGAUAUGUGCAGAGACUUAAGAACCUGUUUUGAUAACGAAGGCUGAUGCUGAUGUCUACACUAAGUGGUCUUGCUCCAGCAUGUUCGGGGAUGCUUUUUAGGAAACACUUUCCCUCUUGCUUCUUUGAGUCUUUCAGGAGAAAGAAGACUUUAAAUACAAAUUUCACUUGAGAAGAAUAGUAAUAUGAUGGUAAAUAUUUAUCUGUAUUUAUUGUUUUGGUAAGUGCGGACUGUAGACCUGCAAAGAGCCAAAGAGCUGUUCUUCAUCCUUUUCUUGGUUCAGCAUUUGGCUGAUUUCUGAAAGAGGUUCAGUUGAGUGUCAUAACCUCAGAGAAAGCUGGAAAAGGGGCAAAAGUAUUUGUGUGUCCAUGUGUAGGCGUACAUGCAUACAUAGGUGUCUUCACAAAAGGGCUGUAACAUUUAUUUAGUAUGUUAAUAGUAGAUUUAGUACAAAAUUCUACUCAUCUUCGUGGGGGUCCUUUUUUUGUUUGAUCAUGUUGAUUUUAAAUAAAGGACAAAGGAUGGAAAAAAGGCCCAAAAUGUCUACAUAACUUAAAUUUUUAACUUUACAUUGAAACAACUUACACAAAAUCCACCCCUCUUGGCUUGUUUUGGAAUACAUAAAUUUUUAAUACAAUGUCUUCAUGAUUUAUUCUUAGGUGUAAACCAGGUGUUAAUUUAACAGUGUUCAGCUUUGUGCAGUAGUUAGUUACAUGCUGAAAUAGAUAUGAAUGAAAGAGUUUGUUAUAAAAAUGGCAAGAUAAAGUGGCCUAUUUGGUAGUGUAUUAGCAUAUGUUGUGGUGAGGUGCGCAUACUUUGAAGGGAGGAGGCAUUAAAAUGUUUUCCUUUUGCCAAAGAAGCAUUUGUUCCUGCUGCAAGCUUCCUGGCAUUUCUUCAACACAUAGAGUAUCCUAUGAGCUUAAAAAGAGUACCAAAAGGGCAGUUUUGGGGGGGUGGAAUUUUUCGGCUGUGCAUGUUACUCAUAAAAACUGUGCUGGUUUUACUGGGUUGGUUUCAGAGAGUUGAAUUGGCAUUAAGAAAUGUAGAGUUUAAUCCUUCAGGAAUGCAAGUAUCAUCUACUUUUUAAGAAUUGUGAAACUUUCUAAAAUAAAUCCCAUUUAGUAAAACUGCUUUGCAGUAGGGGAAAGAGCCAUGUCCAAGCAGACUUUGUACUAUUGGAUUCCUUACUGUUGCUUCACUAAUUUGUUUCAAUUUUGGUAUCCCCAACAGGCCUCCCUACCAAGUGGGGUUUACCUAGAAGCUGCAAUACGAAUCUUCAGCUGUUUUCUUUUUCUGCAGUACUACACAUUUGAGGUAUAAAUUGCCUGUGUUCAAUAUAUGCCUACAUCAGAAAUGUGCAAGUGUAGUACCGAAUCCACUAUUCUAAUGGAUGGCACAUGCAGAUGUCAUUAAAUGGUUUAAUUUGCCCUACAGUCACUGUCAUGUGUUUUUUAGCUUUUGGAAUAGAGCUAUUGUGAAUUGACCUGGCAUUUUAAAAGGUGUGUAAACAGGAAAAAAAACUGUGAAACACACCCAUUUUGAAAUGGCACCUGAUGCCACACACUCGUCCUUCCCUUAAGUAAGGUAUUGUUGGAGUGAAAAUAAUCCUGCAAAAUAUUCUGACAGAAAACUAUUGUAGUAUUAUGUGUAUUGAUUAUUGGUGCAAUAUUCUGAUCAUGAUGUUUCAGUAUCAUUGUGGUUUCCUCUGUAUUCUCUGAAGAUGUUUUGUUGACAGUUUAUUUUUUUGUUAUCAUUAGCAACUCAUAGACUUUGUUUAAAACAAAGUUUAUUUCUGAAUUCUGUCUGUGAAUGGUGUUUUGGAGUUAAAUCUUUUGGUCAGUUAAAAGGCGCAGGCUUGUGUUUUAAUAAGAGUCAACAGUAAGAGUGGAGCUUGACUUUUUUUUCCCCCAAUCUAAUUAUUUUUUAUUGGCUUCGUAUCAGUGUCUUUAUUAUUGUCUGCAAGUGAAGUUCAGCAGAAGAAAUUCUGAUUUAUUCUAUAAGCGGGGUGAAUCUUAACUAACAUUUUGAUAGAUGAUAUAUCAAGAAUGGAAUGUUCAAUGAAUAAAUGACUUAAGCAUGCAAUUGAAGCUGAAAUGUCAUACCCUAUUUUUUUAAAAAGAAAAAAGAGGAAAGCCAAUAUAUAGACUGAAAAUGUAGCUUAAAUUCAUGCGUCCAUUUUUGAUCCAGAGUUUGUUUGUAUUCGUCUGUAUCUUUAGGUGGUAUUGUUCUAGAUUAAAAUAACUCCUUCCUCUCUCAUCCAAAUUUUUAUAACGUUGUUGUUCUACUCUAACAGUAUUUCAUACUAGCUAACGUGAGGAUCCAGCUAUGCAAGUUGCACAGAGGGGAGGGAGCUUGUUGCUGAUUGAACUGUGCGUCAUUAGUUUUUCAGUGCAAGUUCCCAUACUUUGUGACUUCUCUUUAAUGCUAUUACUUCUAAGUAAGUUUGAUUGCUCUUGUUGGUCCGGUCUGUUCAUUUUGAGAUCAGUUUCUCCUUGAGUUUCACAGAACCUGGUGCCAGCAGUGUAAGAAAUGACCGUUUCUAAGGAUUUCUGUAUCAUAAAAAUACAUAUUAAAUCUUUGCUUAGGGUAGGAGUGGGGAAGUUUCUGAGUUUUUGUUUUUUGGGGUUUUUUUUAACCAGAAAUUGUAAGAGUAUGGGUGCAGAGGAAGAAAGGUUAUAAAGGUUUUUAAACCAUCAAUAUUCCUAUAAAAUUUUUCUAAGACCAACUCCUAAUGCAAUUAAGGAACACAGGCAUAAUUUUUUUGUUGUGAUAACAAGUACCUAGUUAAUAUUAUUGAGAUGCUACUGGAUUUUGCUUAUAGAGAUAACUUUUUGUUUUACUAUAAAGAAAAUUGAGAAAUUUCUAGCUUCAAAAAAAUCCACUUGAGCAGUUGUAUACUGGACAUUGUUACUUUCAGAAUAUUGUACUUUGGAGUCUUCCUGCUACUCCUACCGUAGAGGAUCAGAAAUACAAAUGUCCUUUGCUGUGCAAAAAACAAGCUGUAAUAUCAAGAAGUAAGUGUUUUUCUGUUUUAGCCUGAUACUCUUUUAUAGAAGUUCAUUACAAACCUCCUAUUUACUUCAUUGUGAUGAGGUCAAGAUCUUACACUGAGCAGAGUGGAGCUGUUUAUUGCCAAGUUGGCUGCAAUUCUUAUAUAUCAAAUUCUGAUGAAUCCUUUUUUCUGGCAAGAAGGGAUGACAAGUCUGUAAUCCCUGUGUGGUAACAGUUUGUCAGAUUUUACCGACACUACGGCCAAGUUGAAGAUGGGAGAGUGACAGAACUUUCACUGGAGAUGGUGACCUUUUUGUUUGUUUGUGAAGGCUGCUAAGGCUGCAUCAGAGUACCACUGAUAACAGAAGAACCUUUGCUUCCAUGUCAGUUGAAGCUGGAUCAAGUCUUAACUGAUGAGAGAGAAGAAUGUGUUUUACCAUUGUGGUAUUUCUUGCAAAAGUUGGGACAAUGAGACUGAAGUCCAUGCCUGUUGUUAGGCAACCUUUCUAUCUGCAGCUGAAUUUGUGUUAAUUCUAAGAUGUAAUUAUCUUUGCCUCUUACCUCCCUCUUAAUAUUACUCACGUUAUUGCAAAAUGUUAAUUUGUGAUGGAAGAGGCUGAGUAAAUUGAAUCCAGAAUUUUUAUUACUUUUUGUAUUACAGACCUAUUUUGUAAGAGACCGAAGGUCUGGUGGAAAGAAAUGCCAAGGUUCAUGUGAAGUCUCCAUUGUUUUUGCUACAUGCCCUUCUUUGGAUUAAAACUUGAGCUUGAAUUACAACUGAGUUCAGUCUAUGUCUGUCGAAAGCAUGUAUGUAUUGCUUUUAGCGCUGUAUUAACUAAAUGUCAACAAGUGUGAAAGUGGGCCUGCUAGAUGUUUUAUUUAUAGUAGUGCAAUUUAUUGUAUGUGUUUGUUAAUAAACUAUAUUUUCGGAUAGA